UGCAUGAAUAUUGUGCAUGCAUUUGAGUGUGUGUGUGUGUGUAUGAGUGUAUGAGUGUGUGUGUAUAUGAGUGUGUGUGUGUGUGUGUGUGAGAGAGAGAGAGAAAGAGAGAGAGAGAGAGCUGGAAGGUAGGCAGGUAGGCAGGGCAGGAUUUACCUGUAGCCCAGGUUUGUGCUCUUGCCUCGCUCUCUCUCUGUCUCUGUGUGUGUGUGAGUGUGUGUGUGUGAGUGUGUGUGAGUGUGUGAGGCUGCACCGACCUGAAAGUCCAGUUUCUCCAGGAAUUAUCGCCGAGGAGGCCAAAAACAUCAUCAUGUCACAGGACACAGACAACAGUAAGAGGCUGCUGGUGGUGGUCCCUAACGAUCCUCUUCAUGGGCGUCGCUCGUACACCAGUGAGGAUGAGGCGUGGAGGUCGUACCUGGAGAACCCGCUCACCGCCGCCACUAAAGCCAUGAUGAGCAUCAACGGAGACGAGGACAGCGCCGCCGCUCUGGGACUGCUGUACGAGUACUACAAGGUUCCUAAAGAUAAGAGGGUGCUGCCCAUUAGCAAAGUGGUGGAAGUGGUGGAGGAACAGGAGAAAAGUGUAUCCGACCCUCCGUCAGUAGAUAAUCACGUUCAGGUGUUGAAGUCAGUUCCGGUGAAUCUGUCUCUCAGCGCCGAGCCUCACGACUCCAAGCGGGACGGCUUCACCGAAAGCGGCCACGUUGCCACGGUGAAGGCCGAGGGGUACGCCCCCGUCUUCAUGAACUCCGCCCUUCAGUACCGUAACGAGGGCGAGGAGCAGGCGAGGGUGGUGUAUGAACAGAGCGCGCACUCGAUGAGCGCCGAUCACGCCGAGUACGGGAGAGACGCACAGCGCAGCAGCCCCGACAGCACGUACGACGACGAGGACGACGGCGCAGAGAAAUAUCGUCCCUCGUCUCUCGGAGCCAACGAGUUCAUCUUCGAACAAUCAAACAUAGACACGUUCCAGUACACUUUAGACGCCACGAGGUCGCUGAGACAGAAACAGGGCGAGGGGCCGAUGAGUUACCUGAAUAAAGGACAGUUUUACGCCGUGACGCUGAACGAGACGAGCAGCAACAAACGCCUGAGACACCCCAUCAGCAAAGUGCGGAGUGUCGUCAUGGUGGUGUUCAGUGAAGAUAAGAACCGAGACGAACAGCUGAAGUACUGGAGAUAUUGGCACUCUCGCCAACACACGGCUAAGCAGCGGGUCCUCGACAUCGCGGACUACAAAGAGAGCUUCAACACGAUCGGGAACAUCGAGGAGAUCGCCUACAACGCCGUGUCCUUUACGUGGGACGUCAACGAAGAGGCCAAGAUCUUCAUCACUGUGAACUGCCUGAGCACAGACUUCUCCUCUCAGAAGGGAGUGAAGGGUCUGCCGCUGAUGAUCCAGAUCGACACGUACAGCUACAACAACCGCAGCAACAAACCACUGCACAGAGCAUACUGCCAGAUCAAAGUGUUCUGUGAUAAGGGAGCAGAGAGGAAGAUCCGAGACGAGGAGAGGAAGCAGAACCGCAAGAAGUCAAAAGGGAAAGACGCGGGUGCCGGAGUGGUCAGUCUGCCCAAAAAGGGCGACACCACGCUGUUCAGGACGAUGACGGAUCUGGACGCUCAGCCCGUCCUCUUCAUCCCCGACGUACACUUCGGAAACCUGCAGAGAGCGGCGCAGGUUUUUGCCUUCAACACUGACGAGAUCGAGAGAGAAGGGAGUGUAUUAGUAAAGAGGAUGUUCCGGUCAGCAGAGGAUGAUUGUUGUCCUUCGCCUCAUAAACAGCUCAGAGAGGAACCACAGAAAAGGGUGCUCCUGUACGUCAGAAAAGAGAGUGACGAGGUGUUCGAUGCUCUCAUGCUGCGUUCACCGACGCUCCGAGGCCUCAUGGACGCAAUCUCAGAGAAGUACAGCGUGCCUGUGGAGAGGAUCGCUAAAAUCUACAAAAAGAGCAAGAAAGGGAUCCUGGUGAACAUGGACGACAACAUCAUCGAGCAUUACUCCAACGAGGACACGUUCAUCCUGAGCAUCGAGAGCUACGCCGACGCCUACAAAAUCACUCUGACCGAGAUUUAGACUUUUUUUUUUUUUUCGGAAAUUGGGAACAUGAAGAGCUGAAGAGUUCUUUCCAGCGUCGUGGUGGAAGCAGUGCAGCGUUCAACGUCUGCGCCGUCAAAACGUCGACGUACGAUUUCAAAUCAGGUUCAAACGAAGCGGCUUCUUCUAGAGCCGUCCUUCUACACAAACAUGAAGAGUCGACUCGUCAGUCACGUGAUUCCCGACUUAACUCAAAUCAGAGACCGAACAGGAAGUUCUCCUGUGUGUAAUAAUGUGAUAUUGCUUUAUAGGUGUUUGUUACAAACAUAAAUUCAGGACGAUACAGAGGCAGUAAAAUCCGAGAGGUGAACAUUUCUAUUCCAUAAACUGUAAGUACAUUUUCUUAUGGUGAUGUAUCAUUUCUAUUUCAUUUUUAUUUUAUUUUUUGUGAAAAUUUCACGGCUGAAAAUUUUAGUCUUACACAUUUCAGAUGAACAGCCUCAUCUUUAAGCUGAUACAUAUAUAUUUUUAGUUUUCUAUUAGAAAUAUAAUUUCCCAAAAUACACAUAUUUCUAAUGUGAAAAGAAAAAAACAAGAACACAUUGUGAACACCGUGCUGCAGGAUAUAAAAAAUAAAUUAAUAUAUCUAUCUAAAAUAUAAUUUAUAAAUUGAAUCCACCAGUUUGGAUUCAAAGCAAGACUGGAUUCAAAAAGUGGAUUCAAAAAAUUAAAAAACAAAUUGGAUUAAAAAAAAUUGGAUUAAAAAAAUGUAUUCAAAUUUUUUUAAAAAUUGAAUUAAAAAAAAAAAAAAAAGAUUCAAAAAUGGAUUAAAAUAAAUUAAAAACUGGAUUAUUAUUAUUUUUUAAAAUUGGAUUUAAAAAAUAAAAAAAAAUGGAUUAGAAAAAUGUUUAAAAAUUGGAUAAAAAAAUAAAAAUUGGAUUAAAAAAAUGGAUUCGAAAAAUUAAAAAUAAAAAUAAUAAUAAAAAAAGUAAAAAAGGACAGCUGUAUAAUUCGGACAAAAAAAAUUGGAGGAUAUUUUAUGUUAUUUUUAAACAAUACAAACCGAUAAUUCUGUUCAGCUUAAUUCAUGAGAGAAAACAUAAACGUGUGAUCAGAUUUAUGGCAGAUGAAUUUUAUUAAACAAACAAAAAACAAACAAACAAACAAACAAACAAAUAAAGUUGCAGAAAUGAGUAUCACAUUUUUUCUCACCUCAUCCACAUUUCUACAGACUGAUAUUUUUUUGGAUUAAUAUAUAUAUAUAAUUAUUAUUUUGUGCCAUGUACAGUUUUUUUUUUAUUUGUUUAUAUGUUUGUGUAAUGAAUUGUUUAAAAAUUAAUUACUGCGGAUUUCAGACGUAGCUGUAGUCCACAUCGUUGCUGUUUUUUUUUUUUUUUUAACAUAUUGCACUGGUUGAUGUGCACUAAGACGUCCACUGAUUUCCUGCCGUGUUUAAGACGUUUGUGAGCGUCGAUGCUACACUCAGCCAUUUCCUGUACGAGUAUAAAAACGUGAUUUCACUUUAACGUUCAAAAUGUUUUAAUGUAUUUGUACGUCCAGGCAUUUCCUGUUGAAUAAGCUGAACUUAACCUUGUAGUUUUCAUGCUAGAAGGUUUGAGCGAUAACGCGGAUGUUCAACUCAUCAGUGAAGAUCUUAUUAUUUUUGUAAAUAAAAUUUUUUGUGCCAUGAAA